AUGGCUGCUUUGUGGCGUUCCGUGCCAGCUGUAUGCGCAGCCUCAGUGGCAUACCGCAAACUGCCUUGCAGAACGGAGUCAGAGAAGCAGGAGCACCGCCCACGCUUCACCUGCUUCGGCGAGGCCAUGCUGCGAUAUGUGCCUGAUCCAAGAGGCGGAGAGGAGUCCCCCUUCGCUGCCAGGUGGCUGCGAAGCUUGGGCGGUGCCGAGCUGAACAUCACUGUGGCGCUUUCUCGCUUAGGCUGGGGCGGCCGCACCCGCUGGGUGUCGGUGGUCCCACAGGGGGUCCUGGGCGAUGAUUUCAUGAACGUCCUCGGGCAAGCUUACCCUGAUGGGGGCAAAGAGAACCUCCAGCUGGUGCGGCGAGAGGAAGGUGACGUGGGCAUCUAUCACGUGUGGCCAGCGGAGCACAAGAUUUGGUUCCAGCGGCACCGCUCAGUCUUCGGGCUCAUGGAUCCCAGGUGGUUCAGCGCCUCCUUCUGGAAAGAGGUGCUGAGGGACGGUGCGCCGGCGGGGCCGCAAGUGCUGCACCUCACGGGCAUCACGCCCCUCAUCACGGUGAACACCCGCGCGGCAUGGGACCACGCCCUGAGAGCCGCGCGGGAGCUGAAGGAGGAAGACUCGGGGAACCUUGUGGUAACCAUGGACUUGAACCACCGGCCAGCGCUCGGAAGCUGGAAGGAGCUGUGGAAUAUGGCCGAGCCGCAUCUUGGCACGCUGGACGUCCUAGUCUUCUCUAUUGGAGAUGUCAUCCAGGUCGGCGAGAUCUUUGGAGAAGACUUUGCAGCUGACUUUAAGGCCCUCAAGCGGGGCCGUGCCGGGGCUGAAAGCCUGGAUGCCCUGGUGCGCAAGUGCAUCGCGAAGUUGCAGCUGUACCUUGGCAACCGCACCAACAUCGCAGUUACCUGCAAGGCCCGGGACGUCUCAGACGGCCUGCCACAGCAGCUGCGGUGGUCCGUGGUGUGCCUCAAGGCUGGCACGGUGCUCUCCAGCUACGCUGCGCGAGUGCCGCAAGAGGUUCGAGAGGAGAUUGGCGGGGGCGAUUCCUGGCUCUCCGGCCUGAUCGACGGUCUGGUUGGCUACUCCACAGCUGCCGCGGCAGCGCCCGAGUGGUCAGAGGAGAUGUGGCUCCAAGCAAUGAAGCGUGGAGACAUGCUCGCGGCUUUGAAGCAGCAGGUCCUGGGGGACUUCUCCAACGUGGAGCGAUCCGCCUUAGAGACCGCCUUGGCCAAGCAUUCCAAUCCAAGCCUCGAGAGUUAA